AUGCCCAGCUACAGCUACACCAGAGCAGGCCGAGAGCGCAAUGUCUCCAAGCCGGAUUCACCAGCCUCUUUCCCGUUCGAGGAGUCUCUACCGCAGUACUUCAUCGUGCGCCCAGAUAUCACGAAGCACACGGCGUCGGGUACCGUAACCAUCAAAGGUCCCAUGGUGCCCCUUAUUCCUGUGGAUCAGCUACCAACUUGGCUCGAGGUGGUGUCGGUGCCGCGUGAGCUGGGCGUGGACCAGAUGCGUGGCCUGCGGAACCUGGGCGAGUACCACAAGGACUUUGAUUGCUAUGAAGUUCAUAUCACCCGGGAAAUCAUGACCUCUAUUGCCACCGCUGCCCCAACCAUGUCUACUAUCGGGAGCUCGUCGGGCGUCCAGCACCAGGGGCGGCGUGAGUGCCAGCAUCCCGGCUCAACUUCGAGUACCAUUACGACGCACGGGGAUUUCAAUCUGCAGCGUACUUCUACCACCAAGGCUACGAGCACAAAGUCGAACAAUACUCUGGACCCGAGCAGCAGCAAAGUCGGUCGACACCGCAAGAAUAGGGACUGUACGCCGCCCAGUGUGCCCAGCACCCCCAGCAGCAACGGCAGUGGUGACGACAGCGGCCGACCCUUCCGCCCGCCCUCGUCCUCGUCUUCCAAGGCAUCAGGGGACAGCAUCGAAGAAAAGGCGAACCAAAUGGAUCCUCCUGUACGAGGCAAGACCACCAGCACCACCAAGAGAAGCCAGAAUGGCAAUGCCGUCACCUCCGGGAAGGAGACGACGUCUUCUCCCCUCGAUGGCCGCGACAGCAGCCAGCAUCUGACCACCACUCGUUCUCGCUUUCCCUCUUCGCCUCGCCCUGGUCCCUCAACCCCUGCACAUCUCUAUGCUGCUCCUCAUCAUCAUUACGGCGUCCCCAGUGGCCCUAUUUCCCCGCCCUCGCACCCGGCCUCGAGACUGUUGUCGAGCUUCCCAGCCCACACUGACGAGGCCGCCACAAUGGCGCCUUCGUACCGUUCUGGCCAGCAUCGCUACUGUGGCAGUGCAGGCGCGAUCGACACCAGAAACGCCGCUGCAGCCGCCCCCUCCUCCGGUCCGGGCGGCAAGGGCACCCACAACAACGGCACGUCGAGCAUAUUCUGCCGGCACUGGUGCCACCACGGCAAGUGCAAGUGGGGUCCCGUGUGCAAGUACCAGCACGAGAUGCCGGCGUCGCGCGCGGGUCUGCGCGAGGUUGGCCUCGCCGACUUCCCCGUCUGGUACAAGGCCGGCGUCGAGUUCUCGCUCGCGGGCAGCGGCUACUGGCCCCCCGGCGCCGGUGCCACCACCGUGAUCAACACCACAAGCAACCCCGGGCUAGCCCUGGGCACUGGCCACGGCCGCUUCCACGGCAUGUCGGUCACGGAGGAGGACCUGAUCGAGAUCCGCGAGCGGCUGGAGAUGCUGUUCGAGGCGCGGGUCAAGGCCGCGCGACAGGGCGAGCUACGGGACCGGGACCGGGACCGGGACGGAGAAAGGGGCGGAGAAGAGCAGCAGAGGGCGAAGGGGAAGGACAAGGACCGUGGCCGCCUGAAGCGCGAGAAGCACGUGGCGCAAGCGGAGCCGGAGCCCGAGGGGGCGAGUGACGACGGAUCCGAGUACUACGUCGGCGAGCAGACGCUGGAGAGACGGCUGCAGGAGGCGGAGCUCGAGGACCAGCGGGCCUUGGAGGUCGUACAGGCGCAGCUCGACCGGCACACGAAAGAGAAGGAGAAGCAGGCGCAUCAGGCCUUGGAGGUCGAGGAGGUUGAAAAGCUGGUGGAUAUUUGA